CUGCCGUCGUCCUACCACUAUGUCCGCUUCACAGCUACACCCUCAUGCACAGAUGCCGUGACAGUCCGCAAGUCCAUCCAAGAUGCGCUAGGGCAGACUUUUGGAAUGCUAUACGCGAACACCUACGUCGACAUCUUGUGGAUCGCGGAUGACGGAUCGGAGACGGUUGUGAGGGUUGCGGCAAGUGAAGCUGCCAAAUUGAUGGCCUCCGUCGCAGUUUAUCAGGGUUCACCUCGGCUUUCUGUGGUCAAGGAGUCUCCGUUUCUUCCUUCCCUGCUGUCUGCU